UCUCUCUCGGAUCGUACGGACGUGCUUCGCGCCAGUGUCAGUGUGCGUGUUAGUGCGGUAAAAAUUGCAAUUAAUUUUCGAGACUUCGAGUGAUUGCAUCUUGAUUCGAAGAUUCGAGGGAUCCCAGCGCGUGGUAUUUAUUUACUAAACAAAUCCUGGAAUAAGAAGUUAUGCCGCCGCAACACACGAGUGAAUUACAAUAAGCUGCGUGUGUGUGUAUGUCUGUGCGUGUGUGUGUGUCCCCCUCUCUCUCUAUCUGUCGGACACACUCUCGCUUCGAAAUAGUAAACAAAUUGCGAUUAAAGUUGAGAAAAAGGCAAAAAUAAAGUUCACAAGGCGUGCAAUAUAUUCAAAUAUAAAAGGAAUACAUUUACGUAUUUACAAUCGGGUCUUUAGUGCGUGGAAAACAAAAUCGUUUGGAAAGCCGCCGAAAGCAGCGGCGUCGACGUCAGCAGAGCGCGCGGUGCAAGUGUAUUGGUGUGACGCACAUACAGGCGAUAAAUAAGCGUAUAAUAUAUAAAUAUAUAUAUACGAAAGCAUAAGUGCAUGUGUUGUAUAUAAAUAAGCGAAGUAUAAUUUAGCGCAAAUCGGAAAAGUGAAAUCGAAAUAGUUAAUCUUUUGUGCAUGCGAAAUUCGGAAAAUCGACAAGGAGUUCGCAGCGGCAGAAGCAGCACGGCAGUGGCAGAGGCGCCGAUUAACGGAUUUCCAUACCUUUUUCUUCUCUCCACGCGGUUAACCAACAUACGGAAUCACGACGACGCGACGAGCGAAAAUGGCCAAAAUGGAGGUCGACGACGUGGUCGACUUGAGUUUAGGCUCCGGCCGUGACCCGGCGUUAACCAUAACGCCGGCUCCGUCACCGGCGGCGCUAAGCAAUCGGGAUCUCCGAGCGCUGACGGCCAAUAAUGCUGGCCUCACCAUAACGCCAGCACCAACGCCGGCUACUAAUAAUGGCACCAAUGCUACCACCAAUAGCACCACAACCAGCAGCAGCAGCAACUCCACCAGCAACACAGCAAACAGCAGCAACAGCAGUAACAGCAACUCCACCAGCAACACGAAUAGCAAUAAUGCCAGUGAAGGUGGCACAGGAACUGGCGGCGCCUCGGGAGGAGGCGGCGGUGGCAGCAGUGUCGGCGGAGGUGGUCAGGAUGAGAACAAGGUGCAAAGGAGAGUCCUGCGACCACGAACCGAACCCAAAUCCUAUGCCGAGGCUCCCGAUAUUGUGUUAUUGCCCGCCCGGACCAAUGGACGUCAGCAGAAUGGAAACAUUGAUUCCGAGACGGAUGACGAGGAGAUGCCGCCCUAUGUGCCCAUCAAGGAGCUGAGUCACGCCGAGCUCAAGGAGCGGGAGAAGAGCCUGAGGAAGCUGCGACAGGAUUUGCGUAAUGAGGAGACCAAGCUGAUGCUCCUCAAGAAGCUCAAGCAGUCGCAGCAGGUGAUGAAGGAGAACCUUGUGGUGACGCCCACCAGUGUAUCGCCCAAUAAUCCUCUGGCUGCGAUACCCGCUGCUCUCACCUCGAAGGGAUCGCUUAGUGUCACGCCCACGUCGGCGGUGCCGCUGCCCGCCCACAGCAAGGGCAGCAGGAGCAGUCUGGGCGGCAGUGGAGGAGCCGCUGUGAGCAUCAGCGCCACAAACAGUCGAACGGGCAGCUCAAGCACAGCGUCGGCGGCUGCCUCAGCCAUUGCAGCGGCAGCUGCUGCAUUGAGCGGCCAUCAGCAGCGCGGCAGCAAUUCGGGCGGCUCCUCUGGUCUUGGGAGCAACUCGAUUCUGCCACCGCCAAGGGCAUCGCUGCCGCCGGGCGCCACUUUGGCCGCCGGCACAACCAUCACGCCCGCCACAUCCGCCUCGCAUCGCUCCAGCGCAUUGCCGCCGCGCACUAACCUGCCGAAUCUCACCAUCACGCCCUCGGUGACCAUAACGCCCACCUCGGCGCCGCCCUCCAGUCUGAAAGCACGCAAUGUACCUGGGACCAUAAGCAAUUCUGUUUCCAUCACACCGGCGCCACCACUGUCCCAACAGCAUCAGAAUCAGCUCAACGAGCUGAAGAACGAUCGCUCUACGCCAAGAGAAGACGCCCAGACACCCGCUCAAAGACAGGCGGCAGCUAAGAUGGCACUGCGAAAGCAGCUGGAAAAGACGCUGCUGCAGAUUCCCCCACCAAAGCCACCACCGCCAGAGAUGCACUUCAUACCCAAUCCCAGCAACACGGACUUUGUAUAUCUUCUGGGCCUGGAGACUGUGGUCGAUUAUCUGACCGUCAACAAGAAGGCCAAUGCCGUGGCUGCUCCCUUCCGCUGUGCCCAGUGCAAGAUUGACUUUACACCUGUGUGGAAAUGGGAAAAGCAGACCAACAAGGAUCCCAAGGUGAUCUGCGAGCAGUGCGUCACCUCCAAUGUUAAGAAGGCCCUGAAGGCGGAGCACACCAAUCGACUGAAACAGGCGUUUGUGAAGGCCCUCCAGCAGGAGCAGGAAAUCGAGCAGCGCUUGGCCAGCCAGAGCAGUCCCUCGCCGGUGGACAAUCAUGGUUCGAGUGGCGGCAGCAACAACAACAACAGCAGCAGCAAUUCGCUAUCCGUGUCCGCUGUAAGCAGCUCCAAUUCCUCGUCGUCGCAUAUGCAAAGGGAACGGGAACAAUUGCAGGCGACGCAUGCUUCGGCUGCUGCCGCAUUGGUCAAUCUGCCGCCGUCGGUGACGGUUAUACCCACCAAAUGCCAGACACCAACGCCAGCCACACCGCGUCCAACGCCUCCGCCACCGCAGAGUCAACCCACACCGCCGCCAUCGUCGGGCACGUCGCGAUCUUCGCGAGCGGCAGCAACCGCCGCCGCUGCUGCCAUUGCUGCCCAGCAGGCGGGUAUCCUUAGUCCCGGGCCAACGGCAGCGCAUCAUCACGAGGCGGCCUCAUCGUCUCGUUCCUCCCGCAACGACCGCCACGAUCAUCACCACCAGUCGCAGCAGCAGCAGCAACGCGAUCAGCGGGAACGGGAUCAGCAGACGCAACAGCAGCAGCAGCAGCAGCAGGCGCAGAGCUAUGACAAGUACUCGGCAGCCACGCUGGCGGCGGCUGCUCAUCUCAGUGCCCUCGGCGGCAUGGGCGGCCUCAACCUCAACAGCCUGGCCAGUCUGGGCAAUCUCGGCAAUCUGGGUAACCUUAGCCAGCUGGGCAAUCUGGCGGCCUUGGGCGGCCUGGGCAACUUUGGUGGUGGAGCCAGCUCGGCCUCGAACAAUGCAGCGGCGGCGGCUGCCUCGGGAUUGGGUAAUUCCUCGCCAGCGGCCACGGCGGCAGCCAUGCAGGCGUUCCAGCAGCAGCUAUUUAGAGCUUUGGGACAAGGUCUUGGUGCCAAUCCCCAGCAUAUGAUGCAGUUUGCUCCGCUUUUGUACUCUUAUCAGGUCGCCAUGGCGCAGGCGGCCCAAGUGGCUGCCUUCAACAACAACAACAAGAAGAGUAGCUCCUCCUCGGGAUCGUCCAAGAACUCGAGCAGCGCCAGCAGCAUGGCGGACGUGCAGCGGGCGGCGGAGCUGCAACGCCAAUAUCUGCUGGAGAUGAUUCCUCCACAGCAGCAGAGCGGUGCCAGUGGCAGUCGCCAGAACAACUGGAAGGCCUAAAAGGUCAAACUAAACAAUAAAUAAACCCAUAAACGUUAAACAUAAGCAGCAGCAGCAGCA